UGCUUGAUGAAUUUCGUCCCUAGUGUCAUGGUGUCAUCUUCACCUCCGCCGGCGCUGUCUCCGCGCACGUGUCACGAAGUGUCGUCGGUGUCGUCAAGUAGCCGCAAAAGUCAAUACUCCCAUGAAAUGCGACGUUUGUGGCGUUGGCCUGUCUUCACUGGAAAAAUAUGUGGAGCACCACAUCGCAGCGCACAAAUUCGCCGCCGACUACGUGCAGCAGGCGUUCCACAAAGAUAAAGAAUUCAGUGAAUGGAAAGCUCAGGAAGAGGCGAACUGUUGGUUUGUUCUUCACACGGCUCCCAAAAAGCUGGCCAGUGGGGAAACGAGGAGCCACUACUACUCUAAUAGAUCAGGAGUGGCUAGGCCAAAGGAAGGUCAUGGUAAUCGUCGAGAAAAAAGUCAGGGUACCUGCAAGUCCGGUAAGAUAUGUCUUUCAUUUAUUACUGUGACGAAGAAGGAGAACACUCAGAGCCCGGCACCUGAAGAUAUCACCAUAAAUGUAAGGUACCAAAGAAAGCAUUAUGGCCAUAAAGCAGAAAUUCAGCACUUGAGGAUGAGUGACAAAGAAAAGGCCAACGGGGUUAACCAACGUAGCAGAGGACCUGGAGCGUGGUGUGCCCAUGAAACCAUAUUGAAUAAUAUAAGAACAUCUGUUGGGGGCAUGUAAGCUGAGGCCAGCACAUUUGGCAGAACGCAUAACUCUGCAUAACAUCAAACGGCAGUUUCACAUUGCUGCUCCUGAACAGUGUCACACCAAUGAUGCUGUCAGUGUAGAUAUGUGGGUGAAAGCAAUGUAAGACAAAGGUGAAACACUUGUCUGUCUGUAUAAGGCACAAGGUGCAGUGGACCCAACUGAUGAUGAUGAAAUGAACUUUAUUUGGUCCUGGAGAACCCCGAUCAGACAACCCCCGAAGGGGGGUCCGCCGCAGUUGCUGGCCGCGCCCACGCCGGUACUGGAAGACCGUGGCCCUCCGCCCGUUCGCAGGCCUCCUGGACCCAACUGGUACUUUUGGUGCAACAGAUUUUGCCAU